AUGUCUGCUGUCCAUUAUAAGUUCUUCUCCAAGCUGAAGUACGAUAUAGUCACCUUCGACGGCCUCCACAUCUCCCUCCGCGACCUCAAGUGCCGGAUCAUGGGCCGUGAGAAGCUGAAGGCGGCCAACUGUGUCCUGCAGAUCAGCAACGCCCAGACCGAAGAAGAAUACACAGAUGACAAUGCCCUGAUUCCUAAGAACUCAUCGGUGAUUGUCAGAAGAAUCCCUGUUGGAGGAGUUAAAGCUACCAGCAAAACAUCUGUUAGAAGUCGAACUAAGCCAGUGAGUGGAACAUCAAAAGCGAUUGGUGACUCUCCUGCAUCUAUUUCUGUGGCCCAGCUUACUAAGGCUGUGAACAACUUCAAAAGUGGAACUGGCUACAGAAAGCGGAUUCAGCAGCAACAGCGGCGGCAGCCGCCACCGCCACCACCUUCACCACCACUCCAGUGCCCCUACCUCUCCGUGCUGAAAAGCCAGAUAGACCUUCUCGGUGAGUAA